AUGCAUCGGACCGUGCUACUAUGGUUAGCGUUGGUCGUCGUGACGUGCUCGUUCGGGAUCUUUUCGCGGACAUCUCUGGAGAGCCGUGACGCGGUCCGACAGCAAAAGCCAAAACACGGCUCUCUCAAACUAUGUCCUCCAGGUGGUCCUUCCUUCCUAGACGCAUUCAACCUGAUUUGCCCGAUGCGGAGACGACGACGGAGCACCGACUCGCUCGAAUCCAGCAGUACUCUCGAAAAGACAAUGCACAAAUGCUGCGACGAGGGUUGCGAAUUCGCAGACAUUUUCCCUAUUUGCAACCCGUUCGGAUAA